AUGCCAGUCACGACGUCGACUGGUAUCUUCCCUGGUUCAGGAGCACUCCGCUCACAAUCGCAAGGCAGCCUGUCGAAGCUCUUUUUUGCAUCAACCAGUGAAACUAUGUACGCUGGUCGACAGCUACUGCAGGAAGACCAAAAUGAGAGCUUGAGUGAGGUUGUAAACAUUGGCCACAGAAAAACCAAGUAUCUGCCGUUUCGAUACUCCAAAGCGCCUUUGCCUGGAAGAGGUGCCUGCAGGUACACCCAGGACUUUCGGAUAAAGCCAGUGGGUGAUCACUUGAUAAACCACAGCAUGGCCGAGUCCAAGAAGGAACCUCCGGCGGUGCCGCUGCCGUCGUAUGGUAGCGAGACACUGCACUCAGACUCCUGGCGGGUCUUCGGACCUGAAGAAAUGCGUGAAUCGAAGCCUGGUUUGGCUUUCUACCGCCAUUCCAAGACCAACACGCUCAAGGAAAUUGGAGCGAUCAUGGACCAGAAGUCGCAUGCACAUCGACGGCACCAUGGAAGGUGGGAAGAGUUCUGCCGACCUGAGAGUGCACCUCCCGGAAUCGACAACCUGUACUUGACUGGGCGUGGAGGUGCAUUGGGAACUUCACUUAGAGCAGGUGACUGCUACAAGACCUCGAAUCAGGACCAAUUCUAUGACUACAGAUAUAUGGUGCCACUCUCCACGUUCCCUUGGUGA